GAUGAGGUCUCAAUAAGCCAAACGUAGUAACAUAUGCGAGGGCGACUGCGCAGCGCUCGGUAAUUUCUCCUCGAAUUUUGUACUAUAUCGCGUUAUAGAGUCUCCUUUCAAAGCACACCAUUUCUCGUUUCUCCGUUAGACUCUAUCGCGACAAGCUAUGGCAGACGAGAUUGAGCUGAAAACUGCCCCUGCUGAUUUUCGAUUUCCCACAACAAAUCAAACUCGGCAUUGUUUUACCCGGUACAUUGAGUUUCAUAGGUGCUUGGCAGCAAAGGGUGAAGAAUCAAACGAAUGUGAACGAUUUGCCAAAUACUACCGUUCGCUUUGCCCUGGUGAAUGGAUUGAGAGGUGGAAUGAGCAGAGGGAGAAUGGGACGUUUCCAGGUCCUCUUUGAUCUUCCAUUAGCACAUGGCUGAAUGUCUCUGCUCUCUUUAUUUUAUCCUUUUGUGAGUGUUAAUUGACUUUAUUUAAUAAAAAGCCACUGGCUGAAUGACUUUAUUUAUUCCCUUGACAGCAAUUAUGUUGGAUAAAUUGCACAGUUUUCUGGUUUCUAA